AUGUACAGCUUCAUGGGCGGAGGGCUGUUCUGUGCAGGCGUGGGGAACAUCCUCCUGAUUGUUUCUACGGCAACCGAUUAUUGGAUGCAGUACCGGCACUCCAACAGCUACAUGCAUCAGGGCCUGUGGCGGUACUGCAUGCCAGGGAAAUGCUUCACACACAAUGACAGCAUUGCCCACUUGGAUGCCACCCGAGCACUUAUGAUCCUCUCUCUCCUGGCCUGUUUCAUUGGCAUCAUUAUCGGCAUCAUGGCCUUCAUCCACUCCUCAUUCUUCAACAGGUUUGACAAAACCUUUGCUGCAGGCAUUUUGUUCUUCAUCUCAUGCUUUUUCGUGUUGCUGGCAAUGGCAGUGUACACUGGCGUGACGAUGAAUUACUAUGGUAAACGCUAUGGCAACUGGAGGUUCUCCUGGUCCUUCAUCAUCGGCUGGGUGUCAGUGGUGCUGAACUUCUUUUCAGGUAUAUUCUAUAUGUGUGCCUAUCGGAUGCACGAAUGCCCCAGAAACUCAAACUCUCACUAGAAGACUUCCGAAAUUAUAAUCAAUGCCUUAUAUUGAGAGCUUGUGGCUGUUCCCUGAAUUUGAGAGUCAAGAUGGAUCCAUCCACUAUUUACUUUUGGAACAUGGAUUAUAGUAUUUCAAGUGAUCUGAAUAAAGGACGCUGGGGAUAAACGUGUCUCCUUUUUAAUUAUUAAAUGCUUGUUCUUUUAUAUUUGCACGGCCCAUUUUUACACGUCAGAAAUAUUGACCAUUUUGAGUUCAGGUCUGAUAUGGUAAAGUAUAUACAUUAUCUGCAAUGCAGACAAACUAACACAAAUCUGGUCAAGUAAAAUUAUCCAAGUACUUCAAAUAAAAUGUGACAGAUGCAUAAAUAUACUGUCUCCUGUAUGUAGGUAUAGCUACUAACAAUCUAAUUACGCUUUAGCAGAGUUGGGCAGGCUUCAAGAAAUUAUAGAACACAACUGCCCAGGGUCAGGCUAUAGAAGAAUAGCAGUCAUUUUCAAGUGGGUAUCUUUUGGAAAAUGUUAGUAAUAGUUUUAUAGCAUGUAUGGGGAUGCACAAUAAGCUGCUAUGUUGAACACAUAUGCUAUUAUUACAUAGGCUAUCAUAAAAAACAUGUAUAUGUUUGGAUCAUACAACAAUGAUUUAAUCCUGUGGCAGGCAUUCUUGUACAA